AUGGAUGAAGAUGAUGAAUUAAAUUCAUUAGAGGAAUUUAGUGAAAUUAGGACUUCAAAAAAUAAACAACAACAGCAACAACAACAGCAACAAAAACAAAAUGAACCUCCUCAAGCAAGUCAAUAUUCUAGUGAUAUAAUAAGCGAAUUUAGUACACAAAAUAUGAUAAAAAAACAAUUUGAACAAAAGAAACCUUCACCAGCAUCUAGACCUCUUUUUAAUUUUAAUAAAAGGAGAGACACUGAUGAACAACCACCUCCUAUUCAACAACAACAACAACAACAACAACAACAACAACAACAACAACAACAACAACAACAACAGUUACAUUCAGAAACCCCACAAAAAACAUCACCACAAAUUACAAAUCCUUCAAUACCGACAACACCUCCACCACAACAAAAAGUAUCACCACCACGUCAACAGCCACCACCACCACAACAACAACAAGGUGAAUAUAUUAAUGAUAUUGAUUCAAAUAAUAAUAAAAGACUUAGAAAUGAAUCUUCCAAACCAAUAACAACACCACCGAAAAAUAAUAAUAAUAUUGAACAACAACAACAACAACAACAACAACAACAACAACAACAACAACAACAACAACAACAACAACAACAACAACAACAACAACAACAACAGCAAUCUAUAGGGAUAAUAUCUAGAAAAUUUCCUGGACCAGCAGGUAUAUUACCACCACUUUUACCAGGACAAAUUAUAAAUAAUAGGAAAUCCAUAAGUUUAGAUCAAUCGAAUAAAUCAAUGAAUCAAUCUACACUCUUUUUAAAUAGUUCAAAUGGAAAUAAUAAAACUCAUCUUUAUGAUUCCUCAAAUCAAGAUUUCACUAGAGGUUCUUGGAUAUUAAUGUUAAAAGAAAGAAAACUUCCACCAUUUAAUGAUGAAAAUAGUACACUAUUAAAAAAUAAUAUAGAUUAUGUUUUAAAUGAAGGAUUUUUAAAAAAAGUACCACAAUUAGUUGUAUUAAUAAAAAGUUUAGUUGGUACUGAUAGUGAUUAUCAAAUUAUAGUUUCAGAUCCAUCUGGUGAAAUGAAAGGUACAAUUCAAAAAAAGAUUAUUCAAGAUUCUUUUCCAGAGAUGACACAUGGUUGGGUUUUAGUUUUAAAAAAGAUUUCAAUUUUUAGUCCAACUCCAACUUCACAUUAUAUAAAUAUAGUUUUAUCAAAUAUUGAUUUCGUUUAUCAACCAAAUUUCAAUCCUUCUUCUUCUUCUUCUUCCACCACUACCACUAAUACAACUUCUACUACAAUCAAUAAUAAUAAUAAUAAUAAUUUUGAUUAUUUAAAUAAAACUACAAAAGAAUUUGAUCAAUUAAUAGUAAAGAAUUAUAAAUCAAUUGAAAAUUAUAAUCCAAUGUCAAUAUAUCAAGAUAUACCACUUAGAAGUGAAGAAGAGAUUCAAAAUGAAUUAUAUGAGAAAAGAUUAUUAAAAGCUCAAAAAUUACAACAAGCUCAAUUACAACAACAAAUACAACAACAACAACAAUCAUUAAGCAAAAAACAACCACCACAAAAACCAAAUGAAAGAAUUUUAAAGAAAAGAAAAAUUCCUGCAAAACCAAUUCCAAAACAACCUCCUCAACAACAACAACAACAGCAACAGCAACAACAACAACAACAACAACAACAACAACAACAACAACAGCAACAGCAACAGCAACAGCAACAGCAACAGCAACAACAACAGCAACCACAACAGCAAAUAUCAUCUCCAACUAAAUCUGCCAACUCCAAUACAAUGGCAUUAACUACCUCUUCACCAACGAAAUUAGCUCAAACAACUUUAAUACCACCUGUAAAUAAACCUUCACCGUCAAUCACAAUUUUAAAACCUCCACCAAGACCAUCACAAUCACAAUCACAAUCACAAUCGCAACCAUCAUCUUCUCAGCAAUCAUCUUCACAAAUUAAACCAUCACUCCCCAUAAAAUACCUUCCAAAUAGCAACGCUAAUAAUAAUAAUAAUAAACAAAUUCAAGUUUUUGAAGAAUUGGAUGAUAAUUUUGAAGUCGAUUUAUUUGAUGAUGAUGAAUUUUCAAAACCACCAAGGGACAUAGAUUCACAAUCCCAACAGGAACAGCAACAACAACAACAACAAAAUGGUAAUACUGGUAUGACACAAGAUUUUGAAAGUUUGGAUGAUUUAGAUUUUGAACUUAAAGAUGAAGAUAUAGUGGAGUUUGAAUCCUCCACUCAACAAAUUAUAAAACAACAAGAGUUACAACAACAACAAAAUCAAAAUCAAGUUAAAACUGUAAUUAAAAAUGUUAAAACUUAUACACCCCCAAAAUUCACUUCUUAUAAAACUACUACUCCAAAUAAACCAAGUAUUAUAAAAAAAUAA